GGGCCAGGUCCCAAUGCACUGAGCACACCAGUGACAAGUGGUGUGGCCAGCUGUGGGGUCCCCCAGGGGGCUGGGAGAUGGCUGCAGGGAGCCUUGGCUGCAGGUCUGACUUCUCAGCUCUUCCCUGUCGUCUCCUGUUGGGCAGAAACGGGAGAAAACCAACAAAAGCCGAAUGUACCCCAAAAUGGCAGCCGGACUGCCUGUGUGCAGCCUGUGCCGCUCCUCGGUGGCUCGAAGGGAAACGUAACGCUCUUCGGCAACCGCUGGCACCAGUAACCCCCAGGUGUUUAUAUGUACAAACGCAGGCUCAACUGCGAUUUUGGCUGCUGACGGAAGGCGCAGUGACCAAAAAAGACGAGACAAAAGAAGUGAACAUAAUUUGAGCAGUUUCAAUGAUGGAAGAUCGCCAUGAGAAGAACAUCAGAGUUGCAUAUGCAAAGUCAAGAAGUUCUAAUUCUAAAAUUGCCCAUGCAGCCUUAAUUUUAUCUUCAGACUACUGUUUACUUUGAGAAACAAUAAAUGGCCUUAUAAAUAAAGAUUUUUCUAAGAGUAUUACGUUAUAUCUUUUCCCCUGUGGAUGCAUAUCCUAUAGCAGUGUCCUAUCUUGUGCCUGACAAAUCCAUGCCAGAUACGUAUGGAAGAUGCAGCAGGCACUCAUGCAUAAUUAAGUGGAUGGAUUCCGAUCGCCAUUUACUGUAGAUCACUUUAUGUUCUUCUCUGAAGUAUUUAGCUAUAGUUUACUCCCUUUUUAAGGAAGAGGCCCACUAUGGUAUUGAAGCAGAACUCUGAUGGUGUUGCUUAGCUGCUUGCAUAGCUGAUGUAAAAUGCCUUGAUAGACCUGUGGUAUGAUCCAUUUAACCAUCUACAAUAUGAACUAAUUCCAUCAAUAGCCCCACUGAAAUUGAUUAGACAGAGUACUAGUUGAGCAAACUAAAGAUAGCAAAAUCUUUUUCCAUAGUUCUGUUUAGCCAGGAAAACCUAUGCUGAAAGUUGGAGAGAAGUUAGGUGACAGUACAGAAUUUACACUGCUGAUGAAUGAUUUACAUCACGCUGUUCCUGUAUUUCCUCUUCUUCAUGAUGGAUUUCAUUUUAUCAUGUUUCAAUCAGUUUUCAUAAACUUCUUUUUGAUUUUGUUUUUAUGGUCACCUUUUGGUUCAUGUUAGGUUCAUGCUCUUCUGGAAUUUCAGUGUCUUGACAACGGAGGGCUAUUUAAAAACACAGAAACUUCUCGUGGCUAUAUUACUAACUUAAAAGCUUGUUCCCAAGAUAAUGUGUGCUCUUUCUUUUCUUCUUCUAUGUUUUUCCUUUUUCUUACCUUUAGUUGCUAAUAAUAAUGGAACUUUAUCCGAUCUUGUAUUAUUUAAAAAUCUGGUUUUAGAGGUAAAGAUUUCAGAAAUGCUUUUGUCACUUGAGUGCUUUAGUCCAACUAUUUUUUUUCCCUAAUAGUAUAUAGACCUCUCUGGAGCCAGACUUUCAAAGGUAAUAGAAUAUCUAAAAAUGCAGUCAUCAACUAGGAUUUUCCAGAGCUUGAAUGUAGCAAGGUAUUUAUCUCCUGCUAAUUUUAGCAGAUUGAAAAUCCCAGAAGUUAUCCUAGAUAAAUGCUAUCUGCUUCUCCAGGUUCCUAAAUGCCCUUGAAGUCAAAUUCUGUUCUCAAAAGUGACUCAGGGUCAAAGUUCCUAGGUGGCAUUUCAUCCACCUUUCCCGUAAUUUUACAGAAGCCUCUUAAUUUUAAAAUGUAGAUGUGGCUCACUAUUUGCUUAAACAAACAAACAAAGCCCACAGCGUAAACAUGGUUGCUACCAAUGCAGUCUUAGCUGGAAGUGAUCUGUGGAGACCCAAGAUAAUGCUUCUCUCUACCCCAGUGUAACAGUGAACAGGAUUUGUUAUGAUAAGAAGCUAAUAAGACAUUAACAGAAGUAGCUGUGCCUUGAUUUAUAGUAUCGCUGCUCCACAUUAUUCUGGGAAUGUUCAUCCCGGGCUUUAGAUAUGAUUUAUAAACUUUAAUUAAAUAAGCCUGAGAGAACCCCUUGUUGGAAAUGUAGGGCUAGUUCUAAGAACUUGAAUUAACUGAGAAAUAAUUGAAUAAAGGUUAAUAUGGGAUAAGCUCUCUAUUCUUGCAGAAGAAGAUACAGCUUUAAAUGUUGCAUAGGUUGUAGUUAGUAAAGGAAAUGCAGAGGAAUAGCUCAAGGUCAUUCAACAAGACCAUGGAAGAGCUGGGAAGAGAACUGUUGGGGGAUGGCUGGGUACAGCAAGGUGUUCUCGAGUCACUUAGUACUCCUCUGCUUUUGGUUGAGUUACAUGAGAAAAGUUAACUUUAGAAUACUUUUCCUCAGGAAGGUCUUUGUGAGUAUUUGGGGGGUGUAUUCUGUGUGUAGAUGUUUUCUAUAUCUGUCUAUGUAAAACAAAUCUUCUUUGAAAUAUUUGUGUUCUUUUUCUUUUUAAGUCAUCAAGUAGUGGUAAUAAAUCGCAGUAUUUGUUUAGGCCUUAGAGCGUAAGCUUCUCCUUAGGCUGUCAGAAAAGGACGUGGCUGACGGUUGUAUCCCUCUGUUAGCAGUUGUAUCCCUCUGAUACUGCAGCUUUAUGUGCUGUGCGUGUUGGAGGUCGCAUCUUCUAGCAGUCACGGAGUAGUUGGGUGGGCAUGCUGGGGCAGGGUUUGGCUCUGGGUCAGGUACUGUGAGCUCUUAGGAAUCUUCACACCUCCAGGAAUGUGCCACAGGGUACUAAAAGCUAUACUUCAGGCUUCGGUCCUCUUUUUGUAUUCAUAAUUUCUUAAUCUUUCUCUGGUUAUCUGGGAUGCUGCUGUUCCUGUGAGUGAUACAAGUUGCCUUUAUACCUGCUUGGCAUUGUGAAAAGGCAUAAAGGAGAGGCAGAGAAGUUGCAGAAGGUAUCCCCUGGGUUGUCGCUGUUCCUGUUAGUAUGAUGUGUUUCAGCAGUUGUGUUUCUCUGGUCUAGAUCUGAAGAGGACUCCUCAUCCUUCAGACGUAGCAUGCCCACAGUCUUCCUGGCCAAUGAUUCUUUUACAGCAAGCAGGACUUCUUCCUCAUCCUGAGAAGCCUCCAUCUCUUCCUAUGUCAGUGGCUACAAGGCCCAGAGCCACGUCACCGCUGUCCCCACCCAAACCUCUUGGACUGGGGCCUUCCCUUCACCACACACAAGACGAAGAGCUUGCAAAGGUGGUGGAGCAGGACCCUAUGCUGGAGGAACUAUGUAAGCCUCUGUGCUGUAAGCUUUGCAAUGUCACCCUGAAUUCAGCACAACAAGCCCAGGCUCAUUACCAGGGUAAAAACCAUAGUAAGAAACUCCGAAAUUACUAUGCUGCCAAUAGCUGUCCGGCACCUGCCAGGAUGAGUAAUGCAGUUGAGACUGCCCCGCCUCAGGUUGUCUCCCUUCCAGCUCAGAUGGGAUCCAGUAAACCAGGUGGCCGAGUGAUCUUGGCCACAGAGAAUGAUUACUGCAAGCUUUGUGAUGCCUCGUUUAGUUCUCCGGCUGUGGCACAGGCUCACUACCAAGGGAAAAAUCAUGCCAAACGGCUACGUCUUGCAGAAGCACAGAAUAAUUCAUUCUCGGAUGCAUCGGAACUAGGCAAACGGAGGACAAGGAAAGAAGGGAAUGAAUAUAAGAUGAUGCAGAACAGAAGAAAUAUGUAUACAGUUCAAAACAACACAGGUCCCUACUUCAAUCCCCGCUCACGGCAGAGGAUUCCUCGGGAUUUGGCCAUGUGUGUCACCCCCAGCGGCCAGUUCUACUGCUCCAUGUGCAACGCCGGGGCCAGCGAGGAGAUGGAGUUCAGGCAGCACUUAGAAAGCAAACAGCAUAAAAGCAAGGUGUCCGAACAGCGGUACAGAAAUGAAAUGGAGAACCUAGGCUAUGUACAAUGACGCGCCGCCCUCGGUAGUAGUUUGCAAAUAGAGCAGCUUGUCUCUCGCCUGCUGUUUGCCACAUGCCCUGCUUUGUGCUCCAUUUGAUAGGAGCAUGCUCUCGAGCUAUACAUGUAACACCUGCAAACUUAAUGGUAUGGUUAGAUUUUUUUUCUGUCAUAGUUGGCAGGAUGACGCUGUGCAGGACAUGAAGUGUUUUUGAUGUUUGUUUGCUAGUUAUCUAAGGCUCUUCGUUGUGUUGAGUGGCUGGGGGGACUUUGUCUUCUCCCCGGCCUUCUGCAUGAACAUGCAAAGACCAAGAAGUGCUGGGAACUUCUGUGGUUCCACCACGCAGGUGAGCCAUGUGCAAAGCCUGCUCCCCUCUUUGUGUGCCACAGAGCAGUGCUACCGAAUGUCUCCCUACAGCAGAGUGAAUCUCUGGGCAGCUUGUAAAAGAGGGGUAGGAAUGGGGCCUGUGAAUGUCCGAGUUAGGGGUGUACUUGUCCACAAAUUGCUGCUUGUGGCCCUCAUUACAGCCUGCAGUAAGUUCUUUCCACAUGCCUGUAAAAAGGCUACGCACACCUCACCAUCUUGGAGGGUCUUGCCUCUUACCCAUUUCUCUGUGAUGCAGAUUUCAUUCUGAAGAUCUGACAGUAGAUGCCAGCUGGUAAGCCACAUCCAGAAAUGUUCUUCUACCAAACAGUUAACAAUGAAAAUGGAUUUUUGGCAUUGUUGGCUGGGUACCUUAAUGCACCGUGGGUGUAGCUCAUCUCCCUGAAGAGAGCCUGUGGGGGUUUCAGUGACUUAAUGCAGUGAAUCGAAAAGCAAACCUGCUCAGGUGAGAUGUGCUGUGCUCUGAUCCCACGUUAGCCAGGGUAGGGUUAGGGGUAGGUUGCAAGGAGCUGUCGGCUGUAAUUUCUUUGCAUAGUGAUGUAGAAGAGAGUGAGUGUUAGUGUUUGGUGCACAGCUCUAUUCCUUGGGAGAACAGGGCUGCCAGGACCCUGGGAAGCAGAUGUCAGUGUGUCCCACUUCCAUGCCAUUCCCUCGACAAAGCCCACUGGGUGUUAAAGAAGAGAGGUAAAAUGUUCCUUUGAACUGGGGCUACCAAUAUUGGAUAAACUUUUUCCCCGCUUUCUGUUCCCAUCUCAAACUGGGUUUUGAUUCCAUUCCUUGAUGUGAACUUCACUGUUUUAGGGACCAUAAAAAUCCAAAGUUAGGUAGGAUGUAAAUGUCAGGGGUAAUGAUUGUUGGAAUAAGAGCUUUUUGGCCAUGCAGAAGUAUUCAUGAAACUUGUUAAUCAACUUUGUAAAUGUCAACAAAGGGUGUGUGUCUGUUUUGGUGUUCCUCAGUGGAAGUGGAAAGGGGAUAAAGAACAGAAGUAGGGCUGACAUUUUUCUACUCAUUUAGGUAGAUGUGAAGCUGUGACUGGAAUCCAGUUCACAGUUUUUCUAUAGCAUUGGCUCCAGUGGCAAGUGCAGCGUGUAGCUAACCUCUCCUGGACCUGAUUCCCACUGUGCUGCUAUAGCUGUACGCUGGUAUAGCUUCAUCGACUUCAGUGGCAGGUGCAGGGAGGGAGUAGAGGAAGCAUCAUGCCUUGACUCUCGCUCCUCUUUAGGCGGAUUGAAUUAGAUGCAGCUCCAUUGGUUUCAGUAGCAUUUUACCAGGGAUAAAUUGUACCUAGUGCAUGAUGUUGAAGGUAACCCUGCCCAUUCUUCCCCUUCUCCACCCCCAACCUGUUUUUGCCAUUCUGAUCCUGCUUCUUGCAUUCCAGAAGGAUUUUCUGCUUGCCUUAAAAAAAGAAAAAUGACUCAACAAACAAAAAAUCCAGAUAGUUUUUAAUAAUCUUUCUAGUCCACUUCAAAAAGGCUUGUCUCACUUGGCUGCUCAAAAGAGAAGGCUGCUCCCCGGAAACUGUGUAUUGUUCUCUCUACCUACCUGAGCGUGAGCUAUCCAUGCAACCUUAACCCAGCCUUCCUAAAUCCAGGUAGGGUGAGCUCUCGCAAAAAGAAAAAAAAAGCAACCCUCUGCAUCGUUCCAGGCUGAUUCUUGCUACAUGAAUACGGGCAGGGCAAUGGACACCAUUUUGAAUGGGAUUCCCUCUCCUCCAUUGUGCAAAGCCCAAUUUUGUGGGCUUUGUGCACUGGAGCACAUUAGAAGGUAGGAAGGAGAACAGGUGUCCAGGUUGAAAAGCACUCACAGGGCAGUUUUCACAGCCUCUAAGUCUGUUUCUACAGUGCUGUCCUGCCCCUGGCUCACCUUCUUUGCAACCUUGAAGACCAUUCCCCUUGCAAAAGUCUCCCGUCAGCCUUUACCCCCCAUCCUUUGCAGUCAAAGGGCUGUUUUUCUCUUUGUGUUCUGUCUUUUUUUUCCUAGUCUGACACCACUGCGAAGGAACAGAAGGAGCUGGGUGAGCCAUACCACAAGUGUGUUUGACCAGCAUGGUCCCUGCAUUGUGGUUAAACGUCCCUCUUGCUGUAAAUUAAAGCAUGGUAUUUUCCCACAUUCAGGAGGCAGCGCGUGGGGUGCGGAUGGCUGAGCUUGCGGGCUGCUCCCCUGCAAGUGAGUCUGGUUUUGAGGAAUGGCUCGAGUCUCCCCUGAACAGAGACACCUAGCUGGUUUGGUUUUUCACAGGAAAGCAAGCAGUGAGUGUCGUCAUCCUGAGAAUUUCAAAGCGGCGGGUUGUGUAGCAGGCGCAAAGCAGGUAGUGGGAUCCCAGCGGCAGGAGAAGGACGGGUUUGCUAAGCGGGAGGAAAGCAGCUGAGGAUUAAUUGCUUUGCCCCAGCCCUCUGUUGUGGCCCUUCUCUGCGAGUGACCAAAGCUUGCCUCUCCCUUUCCAGCACUGCUUAAUGGUUUGUGUUCUUCCCACUCUCCCUCCAGCACAGAAAAUUGUUGACUACAAAGAGAAAACACCUCACCUCUCUAAUAUCUGUAGGGUUCGGGCCAAUCCAAACUCAUACUUUUCAGCAUGAGAAGCAGGGUGGAUCCUGAUUUUAUUUUUUCGUGAGAGCUGUUCUCCAAAUCAGCAGUCAGAAGGCAUAUUGAAAACAUGUCCUGGCAAAAUCCUAUUAGUCAUAGGUGGGACGGGGAGAAUAGCAUACAGCUGUAGUACCGUUUUCCAGACUCAGUCAAUCUUUUUCUCAAGUUAGUCAAAGUACCAAACUCAAGAAAUAGGACUUCUGUGAAACUGUCACGUUGGCCAGUAGGUUAAUGACCUUUGCUGCUAGAAACAAAAUAUAAAUCAAUGUGUUCAUAUUUAUUUUACUGCGCUGACCACUAAUUGACUUGUUGAUAUUUAAGGCAUUAUUAUGUAGGUUGUUUUUGUUUGAAUAGAAAACUCUACAUCGCACUUUGCUUUUGGAUCAGAAAUGAUAUUUAUUGUAUUUGUGAAAAUGUUUUCCCUCCCAUGUUAUGUAUUUUUUUUCUUUCCCUUGAUGCAAAAACCUUGCCCCCCUAAAAAAAAAACCACAAACAAAAACCAACACAACCUACAGAUUUUCUUUGUUCCUUUUCAUGCCAAACAAAUUUGGAAUUUCCAUGCAGCUCUUUCUUAAAUGUCCAUUUGAAGGGUUUUUUUUUCUUUGUUUUUUUUCCCCCUCCAGUGGUUCCUUUGGUAACUUGGGAUGAUAUUUUUAGAGACACGUGAAGUUUGUACUACAUUUAAGCAUUUCUUUUAAGGCAAGGAAGUAAACUGUGGAAUCCAUGUAUUUGUGAGAAGUAUGAAAAUGAUACUAUUUUGUUUGUAUUAAGCAAGCUGCAUUAGCUGUCAUUUCGCAUUCUGCACUAAUGGGAAAACGUGUUAGAAUCUUGCCUAACGUUGCUCUAUUUUUGACUUUUUGCUUUUUUUGGUAUACAUCAAAAAGAACCCUGAAGACUUCUGUGGAGUUGCUUACAAUGGUCAUCAGUGUAACAAAACACAUUUUUUUCUAUAAGGCUUCUUGUCUUUUUUCCUUUUCUAGGUGCUCAUUAUAGGGCAUUCGAAGGGAAAGCAAUCGCCAUGGCACGGGUUCAUAUUUUGGCUUACUAAUGCAUGAAGUCCUUUUGCUACAUUACUUAAGUAAUGCUCUUGCUGUAACCAAUGGAAAUCUUGCCCAAGUCUGGAGUAAAUGAAAUACCCUAGCUAAAUAUAUUAUGUUGGCUAGGGCCAGGGAAAAUACAUUGCUAAAAACUGUGUCUUUUACUUCUGUGUUUGGGUUACAAAACUCUUAAGGUUAUGCUUUUUUUUUUUGAGGAAUGUGUAUCUUGUUCUGUAAGGAUUUGGUCCUGCUCCAUCUAAAAUAGUUUGAAGUACGUUGACUUUAGCCGACUAGGAGCAAGCCAUGAAACCCUUCAGGAAUUUCAUACUGCUGAUGUUUUCUCAUGUGCUUUUUUUUUUUUUUUUUUAAUUUUACAACCAUGCAUACAAGGAUGCUCUGGAUGAGAAGGACAUCUGUUGCCAAUUAUGGAAAACCAAAUGUCAGGGUUUCUAAAGGAUUAACAGACAAA